AUGUGCCGUCGAGUACAUGUACCUCCGCAGGUAGACGUCACGGAUGACUUCCUAAUCCCCGACGACGACUUCUACAAAGAUCUCUUCGAUCGAAUAAGCACUAUAUCCGGCUUCCUGGUCAUCGCGAGCUAUCCCAUUGCCACGCAGAACACAUCCGGCCUCGAGCUCACACAUUUCAAUCCCGUCGCUGUACGAACCUUUGCAGCGCUUUCGGUCGGCCUGUUCAUUGCAUCCAUAGUCGCGUGUCAGGCCUACAACCUCCAUCGGCAGAAGAGCGCGCCGGGAUGGAUCCUCUUCCGUGGAGUCGCGGUGUUGUUCGUCAUGGGGACUACUACUGCGGCGACGCUGUUCUUCUUCCUGACCAUCGCUGCGUAUGCUUAUCUGGUCGGCAUGAUCUUCGUCGGGCUCACCUGUCUCUUUGCGCCGCUCGUGCUGGUCCCGUUCACUGUCGAGUCGCUCCAAGCUUGGUCGGAUAUCAGUCGCUUGCUAGGGCUUUCCGCACAGGGUGUGGACUACUUGUCAGCGCCCCCGGCGCAGGAAGUACGCAUUCCGAUGAUACUCAGACCGACCUCUUUUCGUCCGACGUCUACCGGCACUCGAGUGCUGUAA